AUGAAAUCUGCGUAUGCUUCUCUUAAAGAUUUAAUACCUUUGAUGAAAAGUAGCAAGUCAAAAAUAAAGAUAAAACUUUAAGCGAGUCAAAAUUAUGAAGAAUCUUGUACAUGCAAUUAAAUGAGUUGUUUAAUAUGUUCUCGAAAAAGAUCCUCAUCAAUGAUUUCUCUAAAACUAUUAAAACCUUCAGUUAUGGUUGAACAAGGAAAGAUAGAAAAAUAAGGUAUUACUUAACUUUAAAGUCUGAUAUAACGAAAAUUAUAAAGAUAAGCAUCAAAUUAAUUGUUAUAAUAAACAUAUUAUGGUGGAAAACAAAAUUAUGACCCUAAAGAUUCGUCUAUAAAUUAAUCUACAUGGUUAUUGUCAAAAACUCAUUCCAGAAAAAUAUCAGUGGACAAUUAUUCUCAAAAAGAAGUUACUUAGCUUAAAUCAGCAUAAUAAUAAUCAGUUACUACAAUCAGUAGGUUAGCAUUUCGAUUUAUAUAUGUGAUUGGAAAAGGAGGAUUUGGAAAGGUAUGGAGAGUUGAGUUAAAAUAAGCCAAGAAAGAAUUUGCAUUAAAAGAAAUGAUUAAGGCAAAAAUUAUUUAGAAAAGAUCGGUUAAUUCAGUAAUGAAUGAAAAAUUUCUAUUGGAGCAACUUCGUCAUCCAUUUAUUGUCAAUAUGCACUUCGCAUUCUAAGAUAGAGAGAAUUUAUAUCUUGUAUUAGAUUUAUUAAGAGGAGGAGAUUUAAGAUUCCAUAUUAGUAAAUUGAAAAGAUUUACUGAAGAUCAUGCGAAAUUUUUCGCUUGUUGCAUGCUUUUAGCUUUGCAAUAUUUACAUUCGAAUGGUAUUAUCCAUAGGGAUCUAAAACCAGAAAAUUUAGUUUUUGAUAAGGAUGGCUUUUUGCAUUUGACAGAUCUGGGAGUAGCUAGAUUAAAUAAGGAAAGUGUUGCAAAUGACACUUCUGGAACACCAGGGUAUAUGGCACCAGAAGUUAUGUGUAGAAUGGAGCAUUCCUUUCCUGCUGAUUAUUAUGCCCUUGGAGUUAUUCUUUAUGAAAUUUUAAUUGGUAAAAGGCCCUAUAAUGGAAAAAAUAGAUAAGAAAUCAGAGAGCAAAUCUUAGCUAAGUAGGCAACUAUCAAAGAAGGAACACCUAAUGUUAGUAGCUAAGCCAUAGAUUUUAUCAAUAGAUUACUCAUUCGUAAACCUUAGUAAAGAUUAGGCUUUGCAGGAAUUGAAGAAGUAAUUCAUCAUUCAUGGUUAAAAGGAGUUUAAUGGACAAAAUUGCUAAAUAAAGAAAUGAAAUCUUUAUUUAUACCAGGAUGUAUUGAUGGUAAUAGUGAUUUUUAAAACCAGAUAUCAGCUGAUAGUGAGUUAGAAGAUGAAUGCCAGAGCUUAGUAAGAAGAAAAAGUGUAUAAAGUUUAUUCGAUGGGUAUAAGUUUUAAUGA